AUGUUGGUCGUACCAAGAAAACUUGGAAAGGUAUCAACAGCAUUCUAUCUAAGGCAAAUCCCUAAAAUUGUGUUAAAUGACACCGAAAUUUCUGAUCCUGAGGCGAUAAGCAAUGCUUUCAACGAAUACUUCACAGAAACAGGUCCGAAUUUAGCAGCUCAAAUCCCUACAAAUACGAAUUCAGCUGUUAAUAACAUUAACCGCAAUAACCUUGUUUUCCAAUUGCAUGAAGUAUCGACAGUCCAAAUUUCUAGAGUAAUUGAUAAACUUUCAAUUUGUAAGGCGAGUGGUCUGGACAACAUCUCUGUGCGGUUACUAAAAUUAAGUGCCCCCACGACAAUUAAUUCACUAGCCUAUAUUAUUAAUUUGGUGAUUUGUAAAGGAAUUAUUCCAGCUGACUGGAAAAGUGCCAGAGUUUCUGCAAUUCAUAAAAGUGACUCAAAACUUCAUCUCAACAAUUAUGGGCCAAUGUCAGUUCUUCCAGUAAUUGCAAAAGUUUUUGAGAAAGUCGUGUUUGAUCAAACCUACAAUUUUCUCAACAACAACGAUCUUCUAUCUAAAGAGCAGUCUGGUUUUAGACACCUUCAUUCUACAUUAACAGCAAUGCUUGACGCCACAGAUGAAUGA